AUGGGGAAGCCUAAUUUUGGCACGUGCGCUGCCAACGAAGAUUUCGAUGCAGGCCUGUGCUACCCCAAGUGCAAGCCCCACUACGCUGGUGUUGGCCCAGUGUGCUGGGGCCGCACUCCUCCCUCGUGGGUGCACUGCGGCAUGGGGGCCGCAAUAAACAAAAACAUUUGCGCUCUUGCCGUCAAAGACCAAGUCUUAUCAGUGGGAAUACUCGCAUUCAACGCCCUCACAGCGUUUACCGCCAGUCCGAUCGAAGUACUCCAAGCCCCGGCGAGCGAGGCCAAGGUGUCCAUGUUGUCGAAGGCGUGGGCUAAAGCCGCUCCGCAAAUCAAAACGAGCGAAAAGUGGAUGGAAGCCGAGCGGGCUGUUAAACAGGGCACAAAAUUGUACAACUCUGUCAACGGAGCAUACAGUGGGACAUUGCCCGCCUAUCAAAUCAAUAAUGCCACCAACGUCACCAACGAAGACUACGUACGUACCGCAGCCAUCAUUUUGUCCGCCGUCGACCCCACCGGCAUCGCGGGUGUCGUUGGGGCCUACACGUACAUCACUUGCGACAAUAUUGAAGCCAUAACAUCCAGCAAGCAAGGGCAACUUCCUUGA